UUGUAUUACUUAUUAUUCAAUAUUAAUUUAUAGGUACUUACAAAAGUGUCUUAAACUCUCGUAUCCGCCAUUCACGCGAGUUCCCGGGACGCAUGUUCAAAGGUAUCACACGACGGUUUUGUUUCGAUAAAAGGUGUCACGACAUUUAUACCACUGAUAUAUUAUAUUAUCACGAUGUCGUCGUUACCGGGUAAAAAUCGAAAUACCGCCAAGCCAACACGUUCUACGCCGAGCGUUGAUGAACCGUUCGUAGAGUUCGAUUCUUCGGAAUUCGAUCAGACACCGCCCAGACAAUUCACAGACGCGUACAUGUUUGUCGUGUUAUGUCCACCUGACGGCGGUCCCUGGGCCAUAUUCACGUGCAUGCUAGGAUUUAUGGCCCUAUUGAUCUGUGACGGAAUUUGCUUAUCCUUCAUUCUGCUCGACGGCCGUGUCGGUAUGGUCGAAAACUUGCCGCCCGGAACACGCACCUUCGAACACUUGGCCAUGAUAUAUUUGGUCCGCUACUUGACUGAACCAUUUUCAUGUGCAUACAUCAACCUUCAUGGUUUUAGAUCUUGUUUACUUAUUGGCAGUAUAUUGUCCAUCACGUGGCUCACGGUGUUGUGUUUUAUUGAAAAUACAUUUACUUACGAUCAUUACUACUUGGCCAUCAUUGGUGGUAUUGGAAUGGGAAUGAUUAAAACAUCAUUCUUCGUUUUGCUGUCCUCGCUGUUUGUCAUAAAACGCCAUACAGCGCAUUUAUCUCUUCAUUUAGGAAGCUUCACUGGCAUGUUAAUAAUACCGCCUAUUACCGAAUUCAAGUUAUUGCAGACGGCAGACUUGAAAACAGCAUUGUAUUUGAAUUUAGGUAUAAUGUGCUUUACAUUGGUAUUCUGGUUGUUUGUGUCAACACCGGUGACGUUAAAAUUGGACAUAGACGAUAAUGAAUCUAUUACCGAUUCUACCUCUCCUCCACGAUCAAGAACCGAAACAACAGCCUGGAAGAUAGAGAACUUACACAAUAUGUAUAAAACUUUAACUGUACAGGACACGAUCGGAAAUCGAAAAUUGUUUACCUGCAUGUUUCUAGCGAGCAUGCCGAUAAUUGUGAAUGAGAAACCAUUGAAGUGUGCCGUUCGAAAUUUAAACUAUUCGAAUUGGAUCUAUGAAGAAUAUCGAAACCGGAGAUUGUGCGUCCGAAAUAUUACUAACAUGUUCAAAAACCGUUUAAUCGGUAGUCGACCGAUGUAUAGAGAUGAUAUACUAUACGACGGAAACAUCUCCUUAUUACUGAUGCGCUGCAACGUAAAGUGUACAAAGAAAAAUAUUAUCGAAUACAAUGAAUACCUGAUGGCGAUGACUCGUAUUUAUACCAUGGCUGACGUGAACGAAGAAAGGUCUAAAAGUCUCAGUUUAAAAUGUCCAAUAGCCAUAAGCCGAGCUUUGAAAUGCAUGUUUAAUAUGACAAUCUGGUCCAACGAACAAUUUCUAUUAUUGGUAGUCAGCGAGGCAUUGAUUCACGCUGCCUGUUUGGUACCGUUCAUGUUCAUUAAAGGUCCUGUGGGUAAAAAGACGUCUGCAGAAUCAGUGAUUACCCUUAUAGCGGGUUGUUUUGGUUUGUUAUAUGGUCGAGGACUCGGUCAUGUGUUGCACGGAAGAUCACCAGAGCCAGUACCUCUGUAUCAUGUUGGCCUAGCGUUAAUAGCAAAUGGACUAUCGUUGCUCCUGUGCUCCACGACCACCAAUGAUAUUACCAAUCUAUUACCGUAUUUUGGAUUUUUUGGAAUUACUUUUGGAUAUUACAAGUCGAUUCAAAACGUUGCGCUGUACACUGCUUUUCCGGUUAAGAAAUUUAACAAUGUAUGCGGACAAAUUUCAUUGGUCCGAGGUGUAUCGUCGUACGUCGGGAUUCUAAUAGCAGUACACAUUAUGCAGCCGGGAAACGACGGUAAGCCGGUCGAGAGCUGCGAGGGAAUUUACGUUUACGCAGGAAUUCUCAUGAUGGUUGGAAGCGUUUGCGUGACCGUAUUGCAGCAAUCGGCCAACACCAUCAAUUUGAAACCGCCGCACUUCAAAGUAUCAGCUCCGCGUCUAUGAUAAGCUCGUGGUCGACGUAGUACUCCCGUGCGUUGUAUACAUUGAAUCAAUAUGCAUACUUAUUUCGAAACUAUACAUAAAUAUUAUAUUGAACCUAACUUUUAAGUAACGACUUUAAUAAUUAUAUGGUUAUGUUGUCUUACCAUACCAAAUGUUGUAAUAAAUAAAAUGCUUUGUAAAUAAUAAAAAUAUACGUUAUAUUUUAUA